CGUUUUAGCGUAGAUAAGCGCUAAAAUGAGUAACUUGGAGGAGGAACAACAACAACAGCCACAGAAACAUGCACAAAUUGUUGCUGGCUGGGAUCGGCCGUAUACGGCGAAACCGUUGGGGGAACAAUUCCGUGCGGUGCGACGUCAGACGCUAAUGGUUAUAUUCGCCAACAUGGGCGUGCUGUCCACGGGCUUAUCGCUGGCGCUGCCCACCGUGGCCUUGACACAGUUAACAAGUGAAACGGAACCAGCGCAUUUGAGCAAAACAGAAGCCUCCUGGUUUGCAUCGAUUAAUACGCUUUCAUGUCCUUUGGGUGGACUCUUGUCGGGUUUUCUUUUGGAUCGCAUUGGCAGAAAGUAUACGCUCUAUGUGCUGAAUAUAUUGGGCAUUAUAUCUUGGGCUAUGCUAGGCACAGCUACAGGCAAUGAGGAUAGUCUAAUGUCCUUUAGCAGUCAGCUGCUGGUUUCCAGAUUUAUUAUAGGUCUUGUCAUGGGUCUAGCUAGUGCUCCCUCCGGCGUUUAUGCUGCCGAGAUAAGCUUACCCAAAAUUCGCGGCAGUCUGAUACUGGGCACAUCCAUAUCUGUCGCUCUGGGCAUAACAGUGCUCUAUUGUAUUGGUUACUUUAUACGUGACGACUUUCGUUUGAUUGCACUGAUCUGCUGUGGCUAUCAGAUAGUUGCGCUGCUCUGUGUUUUCUUCUGUGUGGAGUCGCACAGCUGGCUGCUAUCCAAGCGGCGUGUGGAGGAGGCCAAAAAGUCGCUCAACUACUUUAGAGGAUUGGAGCGCACAACGCAUUUAACGCAUCCGGAGGUGCUGGCGGAAUUUAAUUUGUUGCAAAAGUCGCUGCAGCUGCCUGUGGGUGAAACCAAGAAAGCUUCGUUCCUAAGCAAUCUACGCUUGCCUGAAGUCUACAAGCCGCUGUUUAUAUUGAUGGGCUUGUUUGCCUUUCAGCAGCUCAGCGGCAUCUUUGUCAUCAUUGUGUACGCCGUGCAAAUCUCUACGAAAACCGAUAACUCCAUUGAUCCUUUCAUGUGCGCUGUGCUCAUCGGUGUGGCACGUGUGCUUACCACUUGCCCCAUGGGCUAUGUUUUAGAAAAAUGGGGACGUCGUCUUGCUGGUCUCAUCUCCACCUUUGGGAUGUGCUUCUCCAUGUUGCUGCUUGCCGGCCAUGGCUACUUUGAAUUCCUUAGACUGCCUUACUUCACUGUAGCUGCCAUUGUUGGUUUUAUUAUCCUUAGCACUCUGGGCUUGUAUACGCUGCCGUUCUUUAUGAUCUCGGAGCUGUUUCCUCAGAAGGUGCGCGGACCCGCCUCAGGCAUCACCGUUGCCGUUGGCAUGUUCUUUGCCUUUCUCUGCAUCAAAACCUAUCCGGAUAUGCAGUCCAGCAUUGGCAUGAGCAACUGCUUUCUUGUCUUUGCUGCGAUGUCCUUUCUGGCCAUGUUGUUCAUCUACUGGACAUUGCCGGAAACUCGUGGACUCACUUUAUUGCAAAUCGAGCAACAAUUUCGCAGCAAAACCAAAACUAUAAAUCAAGUCGAAAUGGAGGAAAUGCUGCAGCACAGAGUUGGUUAAGUUAGCUCUUGAAUGCUACAAAUUCUGUGAUACAACAACAAGGAUAUGAGCUAUUAUUAGUAAAUGAAGGCAUUUAUAUAAACCAUAAAGUCGCAAUAUUAAAAGUUAGCGCAACAUUUAUAAUAAUAUUUAGACAAAUGAAGACAUAGAAUGAAUGGCGGCCAUAGCAAAUUUAGCAGCAUUUUUAAAUUGAAAAAUGCUUUGUUUUAUUUUAAAGCUAACGUUUGACUAAUUUUAAGUAUUUUUGU